UUUUAAAAACACCAAACGCGAGCAGUAAUGACGGCAUUUUACGCGCGCGCCACCUGACAGCUGAAGUUGCCGCAACAACUUUUUACCUCUGUAGGGCUUAAAACCGGACUGGAUGUUCACUUCACUAAUGAGAAGAACACAGCUUCCCUGCUUCAUAACGAACACCAUAUCCUCUCCGUUACUAUUACGCGGGAAACACACAGACAGUUAAAGCACGUGCCUCAGGUCGGAUGUGUUCCGGUCGGUGAGUUGUGUUCGGUAUAUGUGACUGAACGGGACCGCUGUUCGGCUGGAGGUCGUGAAUGAUGCGGCUGCUCUGUUGGAGCCUGAUGCUCUUCAUCCAAUGGAUUCUGCGACAGGUGCACGGUUUGGAGAAACAGGUGGGAAAAUCUUUAGAUUACCUGGAGCCGGGCCCAUCCGGUACGGUUUUCAAAACGCUUCCGUACGGCGUGCCUGCCGGAGGUGGCGGGGGUCCGACGGGUGGAGUCAAACCUCCGUACCAGACCACCAGGAUAUUCUCCACUAUGGACCACACUCCCAUCAAACCAAAACCACCCACGUUCGGCUUCCAGAACCCGUACGAGUGGGUCAGAAACCAAUCGCUGCUGCUGGAUCAGAGCGGUUACCGUCCCAAACGCAAACCUUCUCUGAAAACGUCCAUGAAGACUAAAAAAAUCUUCGGCUGGGGGGAUUUCUACUUCAACGUCAAGUCCCUGAAGUUCAGCCUGCUGGUCACGGGGAAGAUCGUGGACCACGUUAACGGAACCUUCACCGUCUACUUCCGCCACAACUCUUCCAGUCUUGGAAACGUCUCGGUGAGCAUCGUGCCGCCGUCCAAGGUGGUCGAGUUUGAAGUUCUUCAGCAACAAAAUCCCCUCCACCCUCCAGAAAUCCAGUUUCAUCCACCGCAGCAGUCCACCAUCGACCCCAAAGACAUCAAAACCUUCAACUGUCGCGUCGAGUACGAAAAGACGGACCGUUCCAAGAAGCCGAAGCCGUGCUUGUAUGACCCGUCUCAGACCUGCUUCACUGAAAACACCCAAUCGCAUUCCUCCUGGCUCUGUGCUAAACCCUUCAAAGUCAUCUGCAUCUUCAUCUCUUUCUUCAGCUUUGAUUAUAAGCUGGUUCAGAAGGUCUGUCCGGACUACAACUUUCAAAGUGAUCAUCCAUAUUUUGGAUGAGGUCACAGAAAACGGAUGUUGUGUGUGAUGGGUUUUAAAGGUUCCUCUCGUAGCAGCAGGAAUAUCCUCACACCAUCAUUGGGGACAUAAAGUUUUCUAUGUAUAUAUAAAGAAGAGCCUUUCAAAGACUUCAGGCAAACAGGAAUAUUUGGUCAUUUUUCUCCAUCAUGUCAUUCCAAACCUCUUUUGCAUACAAUAACAGUUAAUUGUGAUGACAUAACAAACUCACAAAAGCACCAGAACAUAAAACCAUACAACCAUAAAAUCUGCUGCGGGCCAAACUGAAUGUGAAGUCGUUUUCCAUCGAGUUGAACAGAAUAAUGCAAACAUUUAUAAAAAAAACCUCUUACAGUUUGAAAUGACAUGAUGCCAGUCAAUCUUGACAAAAACUUUCAUUUAAGGGUGAAAUAUUCUUUUAAUAUCCAUUUAUUGAUUUGUCUGGUUGGCUGUUUGACAAACAGGGAAUGUGGUGGUGAUGUUUUUAGGAUGUGUGAAAUACAUUCUGGAACUUUCAGCAUUAUUUUUUAAAUAAAAGAGAGAUGGUUCUAUAUUAAAUUCACUGAAAAAAUCCAUUAGACAUAUUCAUUGAAAUCCAGCUCAAAGUUCACAAUUAUUUCAGUGGGACCAGAUGAAAUAGUUUUCAUGUAUCCUGUGAAUUAUGAUCAAUGAUCUUAUCAGGGCUUUUACAGACAACAAGAAAGCCCAACAGUUAAUCCAUUAUGUUGAUGUUCAGAUGUAUUGAAGAUGAUGAAGACUAUAGUACAUAUCAACACACAGAAACACUGUUUGGACUGUACUGUAUGUGUGGUUGAGACUCUUGAUAUAAAUCUUAAAUUAAAUGUAACAAACUUUCAAAACAACUUUAGCAAAAAGAUUUUAGUUUUUGCCCUUGCAGUUUCCUUGAUUUAGUCCUCAAAAGAAUAUAUGUACGUGUUUAUUUGAGUCUUUGACGGUGAUUUAUGUUCCCUUUUAGUGGUAUUGUUGAAAUACCCUUUGAGAACUGUAUACAUGUGAGGACAACCGGUAUGUUGUCAUAUUUUAUUAUGUUAAUAAUCAAUAGAUCAAAAAUAGAAAGUUAUUCACCCUAAUAUGAGUAACAUUUAUUUAUGAGGAAAUUAAAUACAGCAUAUCUAUUUACUCUAACUUAAACUUAUUUAAAAGGACACAAAGACAAAAUAUACUGAAAUGUUUCUGACCGAGAGAUUAUGGUUUUAUUUUAUCCCAUAUAUUUAUUGUUUACAUUUCCUGACUUGUUUUAUAAGUAAAGCACCAAAUGAAAUAAAAAUAUUCUUUAUUCUGGAGCAGUGAAUGAGAAAUAAUGGAUGAGAAGGAAAUCCCAUUCCAAUGCUUCUGUGUGAGUAAACUAUUGCUUGAUAAUGUGUAUAGUAAACACUGGGAAAAACAAUGUGUGUAAAUAAUGUAUCACAAAUAAAUGAU